CUUACUGCGGGAUAUUACAACUUAUGUGAUAGGGAUGGAUACAGACCCAUAGCAAGGAUGCUUUCCCGACACAAUGCUAUUUUAAAUUUUACUUGUCUUGAGAUGAGAAAUAAUGAGCAACCAAUUGAAGCCCACAGUGGAGCUGAGGAACUUGUCAAGCAGGUUCUUAGUGGCGGCUGGGCGGAGAAGAUUGAAGUUGCAGGAGAAAAUGCACUCGCAAGAUAUGACCGUGAAGCUUAUGACCAAAUCCUUUCAAAUGCUAGACCGAACGGUAUUGCCAAAUUUGGCCAUCCAGCACUAAAAAUGUAUGGCGUGACAUACCUCCGUUUAUCAGACAAGUUAAUGAAGCAAAGAAACUUUGACGUAUUCAAAGCCUUCGUGAAAAAGAUGCAUGCAAAUUUGGAUUACUGUUCCGAACCGGAGACGUACUAUCAUUUCACAGAACCUAUGGAGCGAUCAAAGCCAAGGAUUCCAUUAGAGUUUCUUCUGGAAGCAACCGAACCAUUGGAGCCUUAU